UUGCGGGCUCUGUGCGAGAUAGCAAACAGGGUGCCCAUAAAACAAGAGGCUAGCGAGCCUUUUCCAUCCAGGUUCGAUUUUCGCUCACUAUUACCAGCGCCAUGCCCAAGACUGGCGAAUCUUGACUCGGCCAGUGUGAAAGGGAAAGGAAAGUUACCGGCUCCACAAGGGACAGGGCCAUCAUUGGUCAGAUUCCCGAGAUCAGGAUAUCCCAAGAAGAAACGUCCAUGUGCUAGGAUCCAGGUUUUCCAGACCCCUUCGAGAAAGCUGAGAUUGUCCGUUAGCGGGGCCCAUGAACCAGCAAAAGUUGUUCAAUCAAACACAUUAACUAGUUAUCAACAACCUUCUCGUAAGCAUCUCGACAACCGUCGCAUCAUGAAGCGGGACCCGUGGCCCAAUUGGCAAGGCGUUUGA